AUGAAGACUUACAGGUCCACUCUAAGAACAAUAAGGCUGGUCGUUCUUGUGUGCCAGCUUGGCCUAAUUCAAAGGACUGAUGCCCAGAUACGAGAUGAAUGCAUUCUCAGUGACACUAACAGAGCUCCAGAAAACUCGGACAUAAAGGUGGGGUGCGGCACCGAGUACAUGGACCUGAGCAUCUAUGUUUGCCCAGUGUACAAUUCUCUUUACAACGAGUCCCUGAUGGUGCUCAAUAAUCAAGUCAGCAACCCUGAGUGUUACGGGACUGUUAACUGGACUGCUGUCCCACCACGCUUGGAAUUCCGAUUCCCCAUAAAUGGCAGCCACGACAGCUCUUUCUGCAGUAAUACGUAUAAGAUAACCAACGAGGUGGGCACUGGAGAGUUUUCUGACUUCUCACUUGUCCAGUACAUCAACAUCUCCGGCACUAUUGUCUCUAUAGAUCCCACUGCGGGUGUGAUCACCUAUCAGCGGCCAAUCCUGUACAGGUUCUCCUGUAAAUACCCGAUGCAGUAUCUGCUCAACAACACUGAAGUGGCCGUAUCAGGUGCGAGUCUUGCCAUAAGAGACAACAAUGGUAGCUUCAUCAGUACACUGUAUAUGAAGCUCUAUCACGAUCCAGAACGCCUAGAACCACUAUUGAUCCCAGAGACGGGGCUCAGUCUAAAGACGAGGAUUUAUGUUGGAGUUCAUGCUAAGAAUCUAACAGAAAAGUUCCACGUGCUGCUGGACAGAUGCUUCGCGACAACAUCUCCAUAUCCCGUGCAUGACACCCACUAUGAUCUGUUUGUAGGGUGCACGGUGGAUGCGCAGACCAAGGUGGAGGUAAAUGGGCAGGGACAACAGGCAUACUUUUCCUUUGAGGCCUUCAGAUUUGUGGAGCACAAAAAUCUGACUAUUUCGACUUUCUACCUGCACUGUGUCACCAGACUCUGUGAUGCAACGAAGUGUAGCUCACUACUGCCUACAUGUCCCAGUAAGAGGAGGAAGAGAGGGAUCGAGGAUGUGCCGACCAACGGCACAAUCACCUCUCCCAUCAUUCGUGUGGGCACAGGGAAAAUUGAAGAUUCUCAAACUCACGCAGCUUCUCAAGGUACGUCAGCCGACUACAGCAGCCCUGUGGUGGCUAUAAUCGUCUGCCUUGCCAUUAUUACUCUUCUCAUCACUGCCCUGGCCAUUUACUUUGGCUUGUUCAUCAGACGGAGAAGACCGUCCUCCUAGCAUCUCCCCACUGAGAGCGGAGUCCCUGUACAUAUCUCCCAAAGCUCACAGUGCACUACUCCAUCAUCUACAAAGCACAGCAGUUAUGUCGCAGAUAAACAAGUCACGAGAAACUACAGCAAGAAACAU